AUGCUGCAAGUGCAGCGCUUAGAGGAGCUUGCAGCCGAAGGACGCAAAGCAGCCAAGAAGAACGAGGUUCGAGAGGGAGCAAGCGGAGUGGGCAUAGGCUGGGCAAAGGUGCUGCGCGAGGCGAAGGUGCGCGCCUCCAAGAGCAAGGGCAGUGAAGUGGUUGGUAACCUGCACGAGGGCGCCCGCGUGCUUGUGGAGGAGGUCUCCUCGAAAGCUGCGCGUAUCCAUCUGCCGUUUGCAGGAUGGAUUACGCUUGCAAAGGCCUCCGGGCCUGUCCUCGAACAAGACAGUUGCAACCGCCGAGGGUCCGGUGAGAAAUCAGCCACCCAGUGGGUCAUGGAGCACACCCUGGCCCGCCUCCGUCCAGCUGACGGGCACAUCGGAGAGCGUGUGUCCAUGCCCUCCGAAAUGCCUGUACAUCCGCCAGAGUGCCCAGAGCCUGCAGACCAAGGGGCAAUGGACACCACUUCAAAGUUUGUCGCCCAGCUCCCCUCAGUGGGCACGUGGCUUGCAGCAACGCCGCCCGUGAGUGCAUUGGUGGCAAAUGCCUCUAUGGCACAACGCUUGGCUGCAUUUGCUCAGCCGCACUCGGUAGCCCACACCGAGCCUCCACUGGCCCAGUCCGUGCGCCCAGCCUGUGCGUUCAGCCAUCUUCCCUCCGUGGCUACGUGGUCCAUGCCCUCCGAAAUGCCUGUACAUCCGCCAGAGUGCCCAGAGCCUGCAGACCAAGGGGCAAUGGACACCACUUCAAAGUUAUUCGCCCAGCUCCCCUCAGUGGGCACGUGGCUUGCAGCAACGCCGCCCGUGAGUGCAUUGGCAGCAAUUGACGAAGGAUUUCCAAACCCCAGGGUGGCCCCAACAAAUCCCUUGUUUGUGCAAUUGCCUUCCGUGGGCACAUGGCUGGCCCCAGCCCAGGCUGCAUUUGCUCAGCCGCACUCGGUAGCCCACACCGAGCCUCCGCUGGCCCAGUACGUGCGCCCAGCCAGUGCGUUCACCCAUCUUCCCUCUGUGGCUACGUGGCUUGCGGCAAAGCCUGCGCAAGUUGCAGCCGAAGUUUCAGACCCAGCAGAGCCCACACGACAGCCUUCUCCAGGUUCCACGCCCACAGGCGUCUGGUGGCUUGCUUUCUGCAACUCUCUGCAGCAGACGCUGUGCUGCGGCCGUGGAAAGUAG